GUUUCCUCAACGCAAAAUGUCAGUCUAGAAAAGUAAUAGGUUAUGUUGUCUAUAUUUAGUAAAAAUGUAAUUAGUAACAUAAAUUAGUAGUUCUGUUGGUUGAAAACCAAACAUGACAACUUCACCUACUAAAACGAAACAAAAAUUGUCACUGCGAAAACGUCUAUUUGUAAAAAAAUCGCCGAAAGUUGGCUGCUUCGUCGAUACAGAUUCCAAUGAUGAAUUCGCGCAGACUUCGUCUCGACCUAUCUCUCCUGCGGAUCCCUUCUUAGCUCAAAGUGCUCACAGUGCCGACCACAGCAUAGAAGCGUCAAACCAUCCAAACUCUUCUGCAGAACCACUAUAUAACAAUGUAAGUCAUUCUGCACCUAACUACCAUCACGAAGACGACACUAAUCCAAAGUGCUGUCGAACAUUCUUCAGACGAUCGCGUCCUAAAAGCCUCGUCGAUAAUCAGCUUACUAAAGACGAGGCUCGAUCAAUAACAGGUAGUCCAGAGAAUAAUUCUAACAGCAUAAGUGAUCAAACUAUCUGCUCGCAGACAAAAUCGGAAGAAAUACCCAAAGCUACAGUGAAGUUCCCUAAAAGUGAUGAUGCUAAGAAAUGCUUUGAACAUUCAGGAUCAUUUGAAGGAAUCAAACCAAAGAGUAAAUUAUUUGUUAAGAGAUUAUCAGCUGAUCAUUUGAUAUCUAAUGAGUCGAAGCCGCUGUACCGCGCCUCGUCGCCAGAGAGUGACCGAAGUAGCUCUUUAGAUCGAAAAAGAAGGACCAAGUCGACUAUAGCACGGUCGUCCUCGCGUGCUGGGAGCACUGACAGUUUAGCACGAAACUCGCUGCUUGCUGCACAGGUGCUGCGUCUCAUACCCACGCAGGAGGCACGAGAAAGAAACUACCUAUAUGGGCGUCUUGCAUCCCAUUCUCUUCUUGGAGCUGCUGAACUAGAACAUGUCUUCCCAGACAGAGAAGUCAAAAUAUUUGUAGGAACAUGGAAUAUGAAUGGACAGCCGCCACCCAAGGAAUUAGCAGAUUUUAUCUUCCCAAAUCAAGUGACGCAUGUGCCAGAUAUAUUUGCAAUUGGAACGCAGGAAUCUUUUUCUGAGCGCACCGAAUGGGAGAUAACAAUUCAGGAAGUAUUGGGACCAUCUCAUCUGUUACUGCAUUCUUAUUAUUUAGGAACAAUCCACUUAAUGAUAUUUAUAAGAAGAGAUCUCAUUUGGUUUUGUUCUCUUCCUGAAGACGCGAGUUUGUCAGUGAGACCUGGUACCGCCUUUAGAACUAAGGGAGCCGUUGCUAUAUCCUUCGCACUAUUUGGUUCCACAUUUCUAUUUGUAACGGCCCAUUUGACAGCACAUCAGGAGAAGGUUAAAGAACGAGUGUCGGAUAUCAAAAGGAUUAUUAGGUCCAUUGAUUUGCCAAAGAAUUUGCCAUGUCGGCAUAAAAGUAAAGACGUGACCAAUAAUUUCGACUAUGUAUUUUGGUGUGGAGACCUAAACUUCAGAUUGGGGGAACCCAGAGCUGCGCUGCUGAGAUGGAUCGAACAAACAGAAUUCCCGUUGCCACAUCACCUGCCGCAUGGUUUACUUCAUGCGGAUCAGUUGACUGCGGUCCUGGAAGACGGGGCGGCCUUCCGAGAUUUUAGGGAGGCGCCCAUCACUUUCCCCCCUACUUAUAAGUACGAUCCUGGCAGUCAACAGUUCGACACGUCGAGCAAGCAAAGGGCGCCGGCCUACACGGAUAGGAUACUGUACAAAGCGAGAUCAAUGACGACCAAUUCUUCAUCUGCGUUUUCUGUGGUUGCAGGUCUGCGUCGGAUCAGCUCUGUGCCAGUGACGUCAGGCGUCAAGUGCUUGGCGUACAAUAGCGUGCAAUCUGUGUGUACCAGCGAUCAUAAGCCGGUGUGGGGACUAUUCUCCACUAUGCUGCGGCCGGGAACUGAUGUGGUCCCCUUAGCGGCUGGUUUAUUCAACCGCGAAGUUUAUCUCGAAGGUAUCAAGCGUAGAAGAGCUCUGCUCGACCACGCCCCAGGCACGUCCGCGGUAUGUAACGUUCAAUAACAUUGAACCAACCUCCCCAGUCAUCAAUACGUUCAUCACCACUAAAAUAACCAAUCAAAUUAUUUUGUAUCACAUUCUAAAUAUGAAAUACUUACGUAAAAUCAGCCAGUUCCUUUUCGAUUGCCUUUUUUAUAAAGUCGUCGCAGUAAAAAAGUAUUACAGUAACCAAAGAGGUUUAUAUUUUGUUGUUGUUAUAUUUUAUUGUUUUACGAUUUUCAAAAUGUUUAAUUUUUAUUAUUGUUUAUUUUAUUUAUUACGUCCUAAGUUAGAUUAAGUGGACAGGAGUGCAAUGUUACAAAAGACGAUUUACAUUUUAAUUGUUAGAUUUUAAAUUAUGAUUAAUUUAGUUAUUUUUUGUGAUGUGCUCAUUUUUGAAAACAUAAAAGACAAAUCUAGUCAGUAUAAUGAACUUCAACAGUAUUCCUUACAAUAAUGUGUUAUGUGAAAGACAACAGUUAUAUAAUUUAGUUUUAAACUGUAUUAAUAUUUCCACUUAGUAUUAAAUUGUUUAGCGUAUUAUAUUCUAAUAAUUCUUCGUAUAAUUAUUGUGCUUUAUACAAAUUAAUAUACUUUGGGCUAAUAGCUUAGCAAUAAAUUAAAAACAACAUUAUUUCGAUGUAGUAGGGGGUAUAUUUCAGAAAUCCUGUUUAGAAAGAUGAGCUUUUAUGAUUAUCGUAAUCGUAGGUAUGUAUCGUGGAGUUUCUAAAACAGUACUUAAUUAAAAUAUUUCCUGCCUUAUGUCACUGUGUUAUACCGUCGGAGGGAAUGUUAAGAACAUUUCUAUGUUGAUAAAACUAUGUUAAUUAGGUGCUGUGAUUACUAAUCGUCUAGUCUGAUGUCCAUUCCAGUUACCGUUGUAGUCUCGACGUAUUAAGAUUCUAUAUUUAAUUCAAGAUCGAUGUGAAACGUUGGUAAAGAAAGCAAAGAGAUGCAUACAUCUAGUUUUGUGACCAAAAGCCUUAGUACGAGUUUGAUUUACGUUUAAAGUAUUCGAAACGAGAGCGCGUUCGGCACUCUGAUUGGCCGGCACCAAUGAACCAACCAAUCAGAACGCCGGAUGCAUACUCGUUACGAUCACUUUAAAUGUAAAACAAACUCGUACUAAGGCCUCUGAUGUAUGCACCUUGUCAGUAACUUCUAAAAAACCACUAUUCUGUGUGCCGAAUAGUGGUAUUUAUGCGGGCUUAUCCUUUUGCUGUAACUCAGAACUGUCACUACAGUGACAGAGAUCUGUGGAAUGGGUAAAACGUAGGUUGGCUUAACACGUUAAACGCCAUGGAGGACCCUUAACGGAUCACGUUAGUAGACAAUUUGCCCAUAACAAUUUUCUGUCGGCAACACAUUGAUCUUUGUCUAAGUAUAGAACAUUCGUAUAUCUAUGUUAUGUAGUUUAUUGAUAUGCAGUGAUUGCAGAUCUCAAUUCUCGGUACUUACGUGAAGGUUGAAAUUCAACUUGACGGAGUUUUCGCACAAAUGAGGCGCUAUGUUACGUCCAACAUUUCGUCCUUCUUUUUGUAAGAUAAUUGAAGCUUGGAUUCAUUUACGAAAACAUACGUAUUUCACAUUAUUUCAAAACUUUGAUAAUGGUUAUUACCAUGUUCGAUUGACUUUUGAUUUAAAAUUAUGUCUUGUGAUUAUACAUAUAAGGUUUGUUGUUGUAAUUAGGACUAUUUGAGUCAUAGGUCUCUUUGGGUGCCAGUCUAUGAUACUGCCAAACCUAGUGUGGGAUAUUUCGUAUUAUUACAAAAAUCUUACCGACCAAUAAUAUUCGUGUUUUUAAUGAAAAUUAACAUAAAAUGUCCCGGUCCUAGAUCGGUGUGACGAACAAAAAAAUACUUAGUACGUUGUAGCUGAUUUGACGUUAUUAAUGUGGGAUUUUAAUAAUAAAUUAAAAAACCAAAGUUGAGUGUUUUAAAUAAUAUUUUUUCAUAACUUUUCGACAGUUAGUCUGAUAGUAUGAUGACUGUAGUAGGCCUAGACGUAGAGUUUGUAAUGUCAAUUGUCUGAAUGUCUUCGUAAAUUGACAUCUAAGUUAUGAUUAGGCGCCAAAAUUUACUUGGCACUUUCGAUCGUCGAUAUUCGUCAAAAACCGACUCUAUUAACAGCACUCGAAGUCCAUUUUAAACACUUACUGACAUGCACGUCAGUGCUAUUGAAUGAGAUUUAUUAUUAGACCAGAUUCAUAAAUUCAUUCUAAGUAAAUCAGUCUGUCUUCCAUAACUUGUACGUACGUAAAAUAUUGAUAAUUUUAUUCAGGAUCAAUUACCUGAAACCUUAUCGUCAAUAUACUUUACAAUUUAGGGAAUUGUAACUCCUUUUUGUACUGUCACAAACGUAAUAUAAUAACAUUGUGUAAAAUAUUUUAAUUAACUUCUAUGAAGGAUUACAAUCCGCAAUGGUAAUAUAUGUAUUCUGUUUGUGACUGUACACUUCGUAUAUUAUGUACUUAUCAUUCGAAUGUAACCUUUUUUAAUCACAUCAUUAUUAAAAAUUUAUUUAUUUAAAAUUAGAACCUGCUUUUGCAUUAUAUAACACUUAUUUUAGCUUCUAUGCUGUAGAGAAUUAAAUUUAAAAUCGCACAAACGUUCAAAAUUCAUAUUUUACUUCAGUUUCUUCACUGUUUUAUUUAAUAAUAAUAACGCAAUGUAGUUUAUAGUUCGAGGCUGGUUAAUACUUGAUGUUCGAUAAAUAAAAGUACAAUGUUUUAUAAGGAUUUUAUAUCUACAUACAAAUAAAUGUUUUUCGUACACUUUUGGUCUACUUAUAUCAGUGUGGGUACGCGAUAUUGUGGUAAAAUCUCAUAUCUAUAAAGGAGUUUGUAUACGAGCGUGCCUACUAAAUAACUCGAUAUAUCAAGGGUGUAUGGGAAAUAAUACAAAGAUGGUAUAUUGCUAACAAUUUUAUUUUGUACAAGGACUUUUUUCUGUAAUAGUACAUAGCUGAACAAUAUAGUUAUAAUGUUGGUUUUUACUUUGGAUAGGUCCUGAGAGGGGAGAUGACUGCGACAGAAUAUUUACAAGAAAGAAUUCUCAAAAGUACUGUAAUAUGCAACAUAUUAAAUAUAAGGUGAACAGACUGGCAGUUUACGCCAUUUAUACAGAUAACAAAUAUAUUUUUUUAUUUCAUAAAGUCUCGCUUAUGAUUGCUGAAUGGUUUAACAAAGUUAAGUACGAUAUGUGCCUAUUCGCUAAAGCAAUAGUAGAUUUUUGUCGCAGUUAUCUAGUCUUUAGUAUUAAAUGCAUUAAUUAUGAUUUUCAUUCAAUGAAGUAAUCGUAUUGUCAUUAUGUGAAAUAUAUUGCUAGUCCAUAUUUUAUAGAUAUACUUACUUAAGUUAUAACUUACUUAAGACAAACAAAUGUUAUGCUAAAAAUAUAGUUAACUUUCCUCGCUAAUUUUUGUUUAAUUUACACCAACAUACACAUUAACAAAAGAAGUCGGAGUAUCAAUUAAUGGACUUUAUAAGCAUAAUGUCUUUAAUUAAUGUUAUUUGACUCCCUACAACAACUUCUAGACUAGUCAAUAUUUGUUUUUUUCUUACUAUGCAUCGCAUAGUAAAGCAACAAGCCAAACAGACCUUAUCUACUCUAUUCAAAUAAAUAAAUAAAAAAAACGAACACAGGGUACCACAACAAUUCACAGAUUAAAAAAAACUCAAAAAAAGUGCCUAACUGAUAGUCAUCACUAGUGACAACAUUGAGCGUUCCAAUUUCGAAAUUUUUUGAAAUUUUGAAAAUUUUGAAAAAAAUCGGAACCAUGGAGUAUGAAACUCCCCCUUUAUCAUACUCAAACUAACUGGCACUGAAUAUUAUAUGCUCACACCAUUAACUCUUCUCUGCAUCACCCAAAGAUCAGACUGGGAGAAAAUGCCUGCGGCAUUAAGUCCACCU